UAUGGGUUCUUCUUACUUCUUAUUCUUCCUCUUCGUUCAUCACUCUGCUGACGCAACUUCAGUGGCCGGUGGUGGCUCUGAUAAAAUUUCAACAUAUGAAGCACAAUUUCACAUAAAGAGAGUUUCUUGGCUUAUUAUCAAGCUGACUGAUUGAUUCCCUUUCCAAAACCUUAUUUCUUCCUUUCUGCUGAGCUCCAAUGGCAACCUCCUCGCUGAAAUUCUCAUCACACGAGAAAUAUGAGAUCAGAAAGAAAAACCCAGACCCCAAAACCUCUGUUCUUUUGGUAAUUGACGUGCAAAACUAUUUUUCCUCAAUGGCCAAACCUAUCCUCCCUAAACUUCUCUCCACCAUCCACCUCUGCCGGCGAGCCUCCAUCCCUGUCAUCUUCACGCGCCACUGCCAUAAAUCUCCGCCUGACGAUGGCGGCAUGCUUGCGGAGUGGUGGAACAAUGACCUCAUUAUAGAUGGCACUGUUGAUUCCCGGCUCAUGCCAGAGAUAGAACAGUUGGCCGGGAAAGACGAGGUGAUAGAGAAGAACACGUAUAGCGCAUUUGCUAACACACGGCUGCAGGAGAGGUUGAUGGAGAUGGGAGUGACGGAGGUUAUAGUGGCUGGAGUUAUGACUAAUUUGUGCUGUGAAACGACGGCGCGUGAAUCGUUUGUGAGAGGUUUUCGGGUGUUCUUUUCGACGGAUGCUACUGCGACGUCAGAAUUGGAGUUGCAUGAAGCCACGCUGAAGAACUUGGCUUAUGGGUUCGCUUACUUGGUUGAUUGCCAGCGGCUUAAGGAGGCUCUACUGCAAAUUAAAUAAAUAAUUAAUUAACGGUUUGUAAAUUUUUAAUUUUUAUUAUUUUCUGGGUGAUUAAACAAAUAUGUAUUUUAAUGUUUUAGAUGCAAAUUAGGUGCUUUCGUUGUA